AUGGCCUUCUCCGGUGCACUCACCCUCACCGACCUCAAUGACUAUCUCGGGCCCUCGCAGGCGUGCAUCAAGCCCGUCGAAGCCUCCGCCUCAGACAGCAAGGAUGCCAACGGCGACGCCCCCGACAGCGAUUCCGCUGGCGGGGCAUCGACUCAGAUUGCCAUCGACCGCGAAGGAGCUUACUACGAGCUAGACGGCAGACCCAGCGCUGCCGCCACCCAGCAGCACGACGACGGCACCACCACCAAACCCCGCCAGCGCACAAAGCUCGAGACGGCCGAAAUCUCGCUCGACGACUGCCUCGCCUGCAGCGGCUGCGUUACCAGCGCAGAGAGCGUCCUCAUCACCAUGCAGAGCCAGGAAGAGAUGCGCAGGGCCAUCGACGAGAUCCACGCAUCCCAACAUCCAAAGCUCCUCGUCGCCUCCAUCAGCCCGCAGACGCUCGCAUCCCUCUCGGCUCGCUACUCGUUCAGCGACCAGCAGCCCGCCUCUGGACCAUCGUCCUCGGCGGCAGCCUCGCAAUCCAUACCCCUGCGCACGCUCCUGCACCGCAUCACCCACUUCCUCAAGGGCUUCGGCUUCGACUACGUCCUCGACACCACCUUUGCCCGCCACCUCUCGCUCAAGGAGCACGAGCGCGAGUUCUUUGAACGGCGAUCCAACUCGCUCAAGCGCAAGAGGGACCCCGCCGCCGCGCUCGGGGCAUCGGCGCGGAGAAGCGGCGACGAGGCCGACGACGAGCCCACCCUGCCGAUGCUCGCCAGCGCCUGUCCCGGCUGGAUCUGCUAUGCCGAAAAGACCCACGGCGAGCUGCUGCCCUUUGUCUCCAAGACCAAAUCUCCGCAGCAGAUAUCGGGCGUGCUGGCCAAGAAGUUUAUCGCAUCUCGGCUCGGCAUCACGCCGGAGACGGCCGCCGACGAGGACCAGGCAGCGUCCUCCAAGCUAUCUGGCGUCUACCACGUCACGGUCAUGCCCUGCUACGACAAGAAGCUCGAAGCGAGCCGGCCCGACUUUUUCGAAGAGAUCACCGGGACAAAGGAGGUCGACUGCGUGCUCACCACGGGCGAGCUCGACAAGCUGAUGACCGACGAGGGGUUCGACGUCAGCAAGCCCGUCGAUGGCGAGGCGGCCGAGCCCGACCUGGCUGCAACGGCGGAUCUUACGCUUGCCGAGGCGCUCGGAGGCGCUACGGCGAGUUGCGGCGCGAACGGUGCCGACAAAGACCGCGUCACUGUCCUCCCCCAGAUGCCCACGCUGCUCGAUCAUCCGGGCAGCAGCAGCGGCGGCUACCUUUUCAAUCUGAUGAGGGCGGUCUGGCUCGACUGGCUCGGCGAGGCGUGGGACCGGCUGCCCAGCGACGUCAAAAGCUCGGCCGUCUUGCCGCAGCUCGACGUCAAAAUCAUUCGGACCUCGGACUUUACCGAGUACGUCCUGCGUGCACCUGCGCUGCCGUCGACGGCCGCGGAGGCCGACUUAGGCUCUGAGUCGACGCUUCGGCAGCAGCUGCAGCGGCCCAUUCUCUUCAGGGCAGCACAGUGCUACGGCUUCCGCAAUCUGCAGAACCUCGUCCGCAAGCUGCAGCGCCAGACUGGCGUCAAGAGCGGAAAGGGCGCUGCCGGGCGUUUGGUCGACGCCGAUGGCAAGGCCGUCGGCAACGGAGCGGGUGGCCGUGGCCGUAUGACGCGCGGGAGGGGUCGCGGCAUGGUGCGAAGGGGGCGAGGCGGCGCAGCCGCCGACUCGCGCGGCGCCGUCGACUCGGACGUUGUAAGCGGGGCAUCGACUCCCGCCGCUGCAGAUGGCGACGAAGAGGAGGCGUACGGCUACGACUACGUCGAGGUGAUGGCGUGUCCCGGCGGCUGCGUCAAUGGAGGAGGACAGCUGCGGCCGCCGGUGGGAUCAGAGGCGCCGGCACCGGACGUCGGAGCGACCGAAGAUGUCGACGAUGCCGGGUCUAUGAUCAACAAGGGUUGCUCGAAGCGUGGCGAGGCGGCCGACGGGACAGGUGCGCAGGUCUCGCUCGAUCCUGAAGGCUACACGUCGGGCUGGGCCUCGGCGCAGACGGCCUCGGUCGACGCGGAACAGGACGUCAAGAUGCACGGGCUCGGCGGCGACGGCAAGGGCGAGGAAAAGGAGAUCAAGGGCUGGCAGGGCACCAGCAAGGAGUGGGUCAAGCGGGUCGAGAGGGCCUACUGGUCCGCCUCGCAGUUUUCGCACACGCCCGUCGGCGCGGUACUGGGCAGCACGAGCGCCAGCGGCACGUCUACGCCCCUGCGCAGCGGCGUGAGCACCCGCGGCGCCUCGACGCCGCUGGGCGCCGCCACGUCGAAGCGGGAAGCGCGCGGCGAGGACAAGGCCCGCUUGCUCGAUGCGCUCGUCUCACAGCAGGCCGCCAUCGCCUCUCCGGCCAAGGAUGGCGCCGAAUCGGACGGCGUCGUGAGGGUACAGCCAGACUCGCUCAUCUACGCCGACCUGCUCGCGGACCUGGUGACCAAGGAGCUGAGCGCCCUCGCCGCCGGCCCCGCCUUCCUGGGCGGACAGCAGAAGGGCGAGCUGGCCGAUGCGCUGGUGGAGGCGAGGAAGAGGCUCUUUCGCACGCAGUACCGGGCAGUCAAGGACGAGAUGGUCAGUGGCCUCGCGGUCCAGUGGUGA